GCCGGUCCCCGCAGAAGCCCAGGGAGCAAACGCGACCCCACCGCCCCAGACCCAGGACCCGCACCCCGGCGUCGGGGCCCUGCACCCCGAAUUUGGAGCCAGAGAUUCAGAACCCCGAACCUGGGACCCUGAUCUGGAGCUGGGAUCCCAAGACCUGGAGGCUGAACGUGAACACCUGAGAUUGGAAUCGCAACAUCUGUCCCCAGACCCCAAGAUUUGGAAGCCUGAACCCCAAGACUGGGAAUAUGGACCCCAAGAUUUGGAACCUGAACCUAAAGAUUUGGCAUCUAAAACCCCACAGCUGGAGCUGAACUCUGAAUUCUGUUUCUGGGACCUUAAAAUCUGGGCCAGGAUUCCCACAUCUAUAUCCCGAAAUCCACUCUCUGGGACUGAACCCUGAGAUUUCAGCCUCAGAUUCUAAUAUCUGAACCCUGGCAUUCCGAGGGGCCUAAACCUAAGCUUGGGCCUGAAUGAAGUGCUGCAAACCUGAGUGCUGAAAUUUGGGACCAGAAACCUCCAGAUCUUUAUUUAGCACCCCAAUAUCUGAACCCAACACCCCAGUGUCGGAUGCUAGGAUUGGGCGUGGGACUUCACCCCACACUCACCGUUUGAGUGUUUAGCAUCCCAAGACUGGAGGUGGGAGAACUGGCGCUGAGCAACCCCAACUGGGCGCUGGGUCUUAGACCCUAGGGGCCCAAAAUUUGGGAAUCUGGGACAGCAGGUGUCAAGGUCCAGAGAGACUGUGGCCCAAGGCCUCAGCUGAGACACACAGGCAGUCCCUCUGCAGCGGUCUCGGGGUCAGGGAAGGCAUGACCAGGAGUCCCUCCGGAGCCCUGACCCCUGGUCCCCUUGGAGCCUGAGGACUCUGCUCCUGGGGCUCUUCCAGCUCAGGCCGCCCCUGCCCGCGAUGGCCGUCCUCCCACUGCUCCUUUGCCUGCUGCCGCUGGCCCCCGCCUCGUCUCCGCCCCAGCCGGCCACACCCAGCCCGUGUCCCCGCCGCUGCCGCUGCCAGACACAGUCACUGCCCCUCAGCGUGCUGUGCCCCGGGGCGGGCCUCCUGUUCGUGCCGCCCUCGCUGGACCGGCGGGCGGCCGAGCUGCGCCUGGCGGACAACUUCAUCGCUGCGGUGCGCCGCCGGGACCUGGCCAACAUGACGGGCCUGCUGCACCUGAGCUUGUCCCGCAACACCAUCCGCCACGUGGCGGCCGGCGCCUUCGCGGACCUCCGCGCCCUGCGCGCCCUGCACCUCGACGGCAACCGGCUGACCUCGCUGGGCGAGGGCCAGCUGCGCGGCCUGGUCAACCUGCGCCACCUCAUCCUGAGCAACAACCAGCUGGCAGCCCUGGCGGCGGGCGCCCUGGACGACUGCGCCGAGACGCUGGAGGACCUGGACCUCUCCUACAACAACCUGGAGCAGCUGCCCUGGGAGGCGCUGGGGCGCCUGGGCAACGUCAACACGCUGGGCCUCGACCACAACCUGCUGGCCUCCGUGCCCGCCGGCGCCUUCUCCCGCCUGCACAAGCUGGCGCGGCUGGACAUGACCUCCAACCGCCUGACCACCAUCCCGCCCGACCCGCUCUUCUCCCGCCUCCCGCUGCUCGCCAGGCCCCGCGGCUCGCCCGCCUCCGCCCUGGUGCUGGCCUUCGGGGGGAACCCCCUGCACUGCAACUGUGAGCUGGUGUGGCUGCGGCGGCUGGCACGCGAGGACGACCUCGAGGCCUGUGCCUCCCCGCCCGCCCUGGGCGGCCGCUACUUCUGGGCUGUGGGAGAGGAGGAAUUUGUGUGUGAGCCCCCCGUGGUGACUCACCGCUCCCCGCCCCUGGCCGUGCCCGCGGGCCGGCCAGCCGCCCUGCGCUGCCGGGCAGUGGGGGACCCUGAGCCCCGAGUGCGUUGGGUGUCGCCCCAGGGCCGGCUGCUGGGCAACUCGAGCCGCGCUCGAGCCUUCCCCAACGGGACGCUGGAGCUGCUGGUCACCGAGCCGGGCGACGGCGGCGUCUUCACUUGCAUUGCGGCCAAUGCAGCUGGCGAGGCCACCGCUGCGGUUGAGCUGACCGUGGGCCCCCCGCCGCCCCCCCAGCUAGCCAACAGCACCAGCUGUGACCCCCCGCGGGACGGGGAUCCGGAUGCCCUCACCCCGCCCUCUGCUGCCUCUGCCUCCGCCUCCGCCUCCGCCUCUGCCAAGGCUGCUGACCCCGGGCCCCCUACCGACCGUGGCGUCCAGGUGACUGAGCACGGGGCCACGGCCGCUCUCGUCCAGUGGCCGGAUCAGCGGCCCAUCCCGGGCAUCCGCAUGUACCAGAUCCAGUACAACAGCUCGGCCGACGACAUCCUCGUCUACAGGAUGAUCCCAGCCGACAGCCGCUCGUUCCUGCUGACAGACCUGGUGUCGGGCCGCACCUACGACCUGUGUGUGCUGGCGGUGUAUGAGGACAGCGCCACCGGGCUGACGGCCACGCGGCCAGUGGGCUGCGCCCGCUUCUCCACCGAGCCCGCGCUGCGGCCCUGCGGUGCUCCGCACGCCCCCUUCCUGGGCGGCACCAUGAUCAUCGCGCUGGGCGGUGUCAUCGUGGCCUCGGUACUGGUCUUCAUCUUCGUGCUGCUCAUGCGUUACAAGGUGCACGGCAGCCAGCCCCCCGGCAAGGCCAAGGCAGCUGCGCCCGUCAGCAGCGUCUGCUCCCAGACCAACGGUGCCCUGGGCCCCACGCUGGCCCCGCCUGCCCCGGAGCCUGCCGGGCCCAGGGCCCACACCGUGGUGCAGCUGGACUGUGAGCCCUGGGGGCCCAGCCACGAACCCACGGGACCCUAGCAGCACGCUGACCUCGAAGGCCCUCCUGGCCCCUGGAGUGGCAGGACCCAGGCACCCGUGGGACCUAGCCUCAGACUCACCAAAUUGCUCACGGUUUUUAAAACUCUGAUGGGGAGGGUGUCGGGGCACCGGGGCACAACAAAAAAGUCCUAUUUUUCUAAGCUUGGGC